GGCUGAGCAUCCCUUGUGCGCAGCCUGGCCCCAGCUUCAGCCCUGGUCUUUGGGCUGUGCGUUGCCGUGCUGGAACGCGUCUGCGUCGGCCCGGCAGCGCCUGUGUCACAAAAGCCGCGUGCGAGGCAGUCCUGGAGCUGAGAGCCCUGCGCCCUGGAGCCUCGUGCUGCAGCUACCAUGGCUUCCGAAGGGGCAGAUGCAGAUACGCAAGGGCUUGUUAACUGCCAUUUGCCAAAAUUCUCAAGCAAGCACGGAAUGAUCCCAGAGCUUUAUGUGAUGCCUUGGAAACAAGAUAUGAAGAACAGGAAGUUAAUUUUAAAGCAUGCAGAACUUGCUGGAAUAUAUGCUGGAGCUCUAGAAGAUAGUCUCUUUUUGGAGCACCGGGAAAGACUUUGCCAUGGAGAAGAAAGAAAAAGCCUACAAGAAAAAAUGCCUCCAGAGAUGUUGAUUGCUGAUAUCCCCAUAUAUUCUCACUUAUCCAGAUACCAGUCAUCUGUGAUUGCUCUUGCAUGCAGGAGAAAACUCUGACCUGCUUUUUCUCCUUACGCUUACAAUCAGGUUUAAAUUGCAUAUAAGACUAAAUCAAAC